AUGCCUACAGCGAUUGAUUACGGUACUUACGCCGCGCCAGUGUCUAUGCCGUUCGAUUACAGCGCGGCUAUGUACCACAAUUAUGCCUCUAACGGCAGAUAUUACGAUCAGUCAGCCUAUGACCACUCAGCCGUGGCAAUCCCUGUGAGCCAGUAUCCUCACGACACUAGCUACCAGCAUCAAUACCAAGCGGAAGACUACCGGAACAACGGCUAUAGUACGUACACCAACGUCCCCACCAGAAGGCGGAAGAUCAUCAUGAAGCAACUCCCUCCCUGGGCCACAUACAAUCAGAUACAGCACCUCGUCCGCCAGAAGGCCGGCUCCGAUGCUGAUAAGCUUCAGAAAAUUGACCUACCCCUGUCCAACGGCCAAGAAUCGAACCAGGGCUACGCGCUCAUCACCUUUGAGAACGAGGACGCGACCAACAAGGUGAUCCAGAAGCUCAACGGCUACAAGGACGGCGACCGUACCUUGCGGGUCGAAUAUACCAAGGAAGGCGUCUCGGCCAACGAGUCGUCCCGCUCCAAGGGUUCCGGCCACCAUGCCUUCUCUUCCCAUCACCGGGAACGGCGCGAGGACAGGGACCGGCGGGACAAUAAGAAAAGCACCAAGGUGUCCAGCUCCAGCAACAAAAAGAGUCAGUCCCACAAGUCCCACAAGUCCCACAAGUCCGACGUGAUCAUUGCCGACGGCUCGUCCUUUUCUUUGAAGAAGUAUGAAGAAAAGAAGUCUACCAGGAAAUAA